UCCUCCUGAGUUCCUUUCUUCCACUUGUAGAUGUAAUUUAUCUAUCGAAAAAGUACAUCAUUCUUUUGCUAAUUGCUUUAUUCUCGAAUGUAUUCUCGCGUAACUAAUUUCAAAGUCUGAAGGAGUGAUUCGUGCGCGGAUUUUGCUAAGAAACGAAUAGAGAGUGGCGACGAUAAAUUUCACUCUUUGCUACUGGGUAAGUUUGUAUGAUGGCGAGUGAUCUGUCGAGCGGCUGCACGGAGACAAUCGACAUCCUAGAUGAUGAGAAAGAAGAAGGCGAGAUUUCAUUGGAGGAUGUCAGUUCGUCUGAAGAAGGUGGAAUGGGUCACUUGACCAGUAAUUACGUCGUCGGCAGGAUACGUAGAUGCCCUGAUUGCAAGUCUUGGAGCAAUUGUACUACCUGGUGCAAUACAACGUAUCAUCCUAAAAACCAAAGCAGGAGAGAUCCAGUCAAAGGAAAGGAAAACCGCCACCAUGUCAGAGAAACAGGAUUUGCCGCAACAAAGCAUAUGGCAUCAACGUUACAAGAGAAAAAUGACGACUUAGUACCAAUCUCUAGCGACAGUGACAUGGAAAUCGUUGGUCUUACAGAUACAUCCAAUCGAUCAAAGGCCAAAAUAAAAAAGAAAAAAAGAAAGAAAAGGGAAUCCUUCACUAUCGAUGAAUUGAUUUCUCCAACCUCCGUCGAACUGUCUGUAACAGAUGGCACGAUGAAAAUAUAUAGGGAAGUAAGUCCAACUCGCAGAUCAAGUGGCAGAUCAAAGAUGAUCUCGAGAUCGCCGAUUCAAAGAUACAGGUCGCCAGUGAUAGCACGAUCGUCAUUUCGAUCUUCUCGAUCUCCGCUGAAUCAUUCCAGAUCUCUGAUACUAAAGAAAUCCCCGCGAAAGGUCAGAUCGCCGAAACGUAGUGUCCGUCGUCAUUCACCCGUGAAAGCAGUGAAGAGACUACCGUCGAAACUGAGCUUGCCGCCGUCUACUCGUUCGUAUGUCGACAGACACGGUGAGGUGACACGACUAUUGAAAAAGGUGAAGCAUCUGGAUUCCAUAGGAACUCAUGCGUCGGAACCGAGCAUCACACGGAGUAAGGAAUCUUCGUCACUGAAGGAGAAAUUAUCGAAUAUAUUAAACAGAGCCAGUAGCGACGACCACGUGUAUCUCAAGGGAAAAGUUGAAUCCGAGACAGUCAACGAUGCCGACGAUGAGGACGAUCUGGCGUUGCUGCGACAAAAGGCGUUAGAGACAAAGCAGAAAAAAUCUAGUAGAUCUUCGGAGCAUUCAAUAGAUCUAGAAUCAGAAAAGAAAUUGGCUGUAAUUAAUGAUGACCAGGACGAGGAGGCUUUACAACUCCGUAUGAUCGCUCUGCGUUCAGCAGUCAUGAAAAAGCAUCAGAAUCGGGUUCAACGCGGUAUUAAGACCAAGAGACCCACCCGCAGUGAGAGUCCGUUCAGUUCGAGUUUUCUCGAUGACAUACCCGUGCCUAGCGAUGAUUUAUUAAAAUAUGCGUCACCGCCAUGCACACCGUCACCUGAAAGUAAUCACAUUGAAGACAUGGACUUGGAUACUGACAUUGAAAGAGAGAAAGAGAAACUGCCAUAUUCGCCAACCGAUAAGAUUACCGAGAACGUACCUAUCGACACAGCAUUGCUUGAUAUCGAACCAUCUGAUGUAUCGUUUAUUAACGUAAACGAGAACAUCAGUAGCCCGGUCUUUGACGACGCACAGGAUGAACUUACAUCGAAUAGCGUCAUAUCCUAUUAUAAUGACACUUACUUGCCUUACCAGGCACUUCCAAGUAAGCCGCAAUUCUAUGCACAUUCGCCAUCGCAGUACAAUAACGAGGCCUUUCAUUCGGAUUUAAGUGAUGUAACCGGAAAAGGUCUCGAGAAUCCUCACGGCAACGACAGAAAUUUACGUUGUGUUACAGAAAAUGUCGUUUGUGAUCUAAUAGAUGGAAUUUGUUGUCAAGAAGGUACUUAUUCCUUAACGAAUAUGCCAGAUACGCAUGAUCUUCCAAUGUCCAAGGAUCUUCUCACCCCUCCUGUCUCUUCCUAUGGCACUUUUGCUUCUCCGCUUCAGAUGCAGCAAAUCGUGGAGCAACCUGUCAAGGAUAGUAUUGUAUUUGUGAAUGUGGAUACCACAUUUAAAAAUAAUAAUAAUAAUAAUCCCGAAAUGAAGACAAUUCCUCCAUUUAACUUCGUUGUAAAUGCUCUGACAACGGCGUACACCGCUAAAUACGCCGAAUCGAUGUCGCCGAAUGAAUCGAUGAUAACGAUCGAUGAUCUUCCAGAGGAAUCUGUGGAUCCAUUGAAUUCUCCUAUUGGCAAUGACAGAAAUUUACCGGCCAUGGAAUACAUUCCAAAGGAAACAGCACCAUGUCAAGCUGCUGUAGAAAAAACAUUAAAGGAACCUUUAUAUAUGCAAGGUAUUCCAGAUGUUACUAAAGAUAUGAAUAAGAUACCUACGUUGAUCAAUAGAAAGCUGGUACCCGCGCCAAUACUGAAAUCGAAUAAGGGACUGCGACAAUGUUUAAAGAAACAUGAAACGUUGCAGCCAGAGCCAAAGCCGACUUUUAAGAAUGCUGAGAUGCAACCAGUAACCAUUGACGCCGCAGACGCGAAUAGCAGCAUCUUCAAACCGAUAACAUUGCAAGUAGUGAAAAAAUCUACGCCUAUUUUGUUGCUUCCUACGUUCGACAAUUCGGUAAAUGAAUCUUUAGAUACAUCAGAGGAUCAAACAGAUUCAUCCAAGAAAGAUAAUGAGGAAGUUGAGCUGGGACAAUCUGACAUUGCUGUUACAUCGUCAGGGAAUGAAGCUACUCCAGUUCGCAAGAGGCAGAAACGCGGAAGAAGAAAACGCGGGAAAAGGAAACGCAAAAGAGAAAAUACACAAUUGCUUGAAAAUGAAAAAAGCCCAUGUUUGGAUGCUGAUAUAAACAGAGAUGCAAUUGUGAAUGUAUCUACUUUAGACCACAUUGCGAUUGAAUCUGAUCAGAACAAGAGCAAUGAUAAUGCUAACACGCAGAAAAUUUUGAUAGAAAGUGGAGAAUCGUCAAAAUUGCAAAGUAUCACUGAUAUACAAGAAUCUAUAAAUUUCGAUGAUGUUAUGAUUGAAAAGAGAGAUGUGGACAAGGACAAUCAUACAACAUCCUCAACAUUCGCCGAAUAUUCGCAAGAACACAUAGAAUCUCAUUGUUUAUCAACAAAUCCCGCGCCGAACAAUUCCAAUUCUGGCACAGUUAGCAAAGUUACCGAUACGGCAAAAAGUAUUAGUAGGAGACAAAGCGUUGAUGAGGAUGAGAACGAAUUACGAGCCAUUUUACUGGCUUCUUUAAAACGAACGAAAUCAACAGAUAUGAACAAUCCUCCAAUUGUUCCAGCUAUUUCGGUUACAAACUCUGCUGUAACGAAUGUCCAAACAUCUGCACUAAAUCAUACAUUGACAGGUACCAUACCAUCUACGGUUAGCAUAAUAAGCAACAAUGCUUCGUUAUUGACGUCGAAGCCAUUGCCAUUGAAAUCUUUAUCAGAAACUACAAAGAAGAAAAUUAAUGAUGUAUCUAUCUCUGUGCAAAAUGGUAGCAGGAAAAGAAGCAGCAGUCUAGACACAUUAAAGAGUCCUCCGAAAAAAAUCACGAGAAAAGCACUCACGAGUACGAAGGUGGUGAAUAACGCUAAGAAAUAUCAGAAUAUGAUUGUGCAAAGAAGACUGAAUUUACGAAAGAUUGAUAACAAUGUGAAGCCUAGCGAAAACGUAUGGUCCAAUGCUAACGUGUCAAAAAUAUCGUUACAUGCACCUGACACUCAGCGAUUUGUGAUAAGUUUGGGUUCUGAUACAGAUAGCGAGUCCGAAGGUGAGAAAAAUGAGUCUGUUCUUAUCGCAGAGAAGCACCAAACGCAUCAGGAAAUACCCGCCGAUUUCGAAAAGAACUUGAGUAAAUUUCUGCGUGAGGUGAGAAACGAACAAGAACAGACUGCCGCAGCGAAGUCAUCCAGUUCAUCCACGCAAGCGACAAAACGAGAUAUACCACAAACGGCUAACGGUUCAUCUAAUAUGCACACGCCACUGGCCGUGAGGCACCUUCCUGCAUCACAGCAAGAGGAGUAUCGUCGUUUAAAGCAGGAAAUCUUGGAGCGCGAAAAGUUGAAACUGCAAAGAAAGGUAGCAAGUAACAAUAAUAGUAGUAGUAGUAAUAACAAUAAAUUAUCAAACACUAACAUAACAAGCUCACCAAUAAAAUUGUCACCGUGCGAAAAGAAAGCACAUGUUAAACAAAAUCAGGAUAAUUUAAAAACGCCAGAGAAGAAUUUUCAAGAAUCAUCAACAGAAGUUGGAAGGAAAAACGAUGACGUGACAAAAGAUACAUUAGAAUUAAACGAAUGUCGCAAGUCUGCUGACAAAAAACUUUCAGUGAAUAUUGCUAAACAUACCAAUUCCACACAUUUGCAAACUAAAAAUUGUAAGAAAGCAAUACCGAAUGAUCUCAGCAUUCGAAUUACCAACGUUCCCGCUUCAAGUCACACCAGCGGUAGAAUGGUCGAGAAUUUACGUGAGAAACAAUCUGUGAAAGAUACACAGCAACAUAGAUCUGCUUUGAGAGCGUUAAGCAUAGACGAGAUAAAUCGUAAAUACAUGCAAAUACUGUUGAAACCGAACGCAAUCGAGCGAGUCGUCACUAUAAACGACAAAUUAAUCUUACAACACGAUAUGACAAAAAGCGUCGAUCAAAGUAAAAAUCUGAUCGAAUCUGAUGUCAAUACAGAAAAUCUAGCCGAGAAAACUCUAAAUGAUGCAGAUAGUAAUACUAGUACUUUUUCUACUACAUCUACCGUAAAACUUUCAAAUUCAUCUACGAUUUCGAAUGAAAACGAAGAGACUUUGGAAAGCACAAUGUUACUUUCCCAAUAUGAAGCAGAAUGUCAGCGAGAAAUUAAUUGUGAUACUUCAACAUCUGUACUUGUAGACAAUAAUAGUAGCAUCAAUGGUUCUCAUAAAUCUAACUCAGUUGUUGACGAUACUGGUACUGCAAAUGAUAUUUGGGACACGCUUAAAAAGGAUGUUAAAGCGGAAGUGAAUUCCUUGACGAAUCUUCCAGAAGUGGAGCAAGAACGAUAUUUGAGAGAAACUGAGCAUAAAUUAGUUGCAAAACGGUAUAUGGUCUUAGAUCAUUUAGCAGAAAUGUCAGGGAAUCUUCGUCAAUGGGACAUGGAGAAGGAAGUGCAAACUACCUUGACCAAUGAAGUGAGAAAACUUAAAGAACAAUUAAAGAUAGCUGAGGAAAGAUUACAACAGCAGCGCGAUCGUGUUAGCAGUAUGGGUCCAAAAGUUUCAACAGCACGUCAAAAGAUCAAUGCUGGACGACGUGAAUGCUUCAAACUGUCUAGAAUUUGUUCGCUCCUAGGUAACCGACUCAUGGGGAAAAAUUACAAGUUGCCAGAGGCGGUAGCUCAACUUUUAAGUGAUAAGCUCAAAGAGGUUGCUAAUCAUACGCGUCAAUUUACCAAGAAAAAGCGACUCCAAUCUAAUGAUAUUUCUGAAAAUUCCAAUUGUAGUACUUUGCAAGAAACUUCAGAAUCAUUUAAGGAUAAAUAUAUUGAGAAGAAUUUGUCGCAAGAACAGCUAAUGAAUAACGAAGCUAUCAUUGAAGCGGAAUCGGGGAGAGAUACUUUUCGCUUGACGCAUUCUAAUCAAAAUAAGAGUUUAUCGAUAGAAACCUCAUUGGAUUUCUUGCAAGUGAUUCCAUGCCAGUCGACACCAGAAAAUAGAGAGGAAACUUCAGCAAGUACAUUGGAUUAUCAUAACAAAGAACAAGUUACGUUUCUUAACCAAGAUAAUGUGUUAUCCUCUGAACCAAAGUUAUACCAAAGUAGUCCUACAAAACAAAAUAAUGAGCACACAGAAGAAAAUAGAACAGACAAGUAUGAUCUCCCCGCGCCUUUAGAACUAAAAUCAUUAGCGACUGUUUCGUCAAGUCUAGACCACAAUGAAGAGAUUAACGAAAAAGCCUUGCCACAAUUGCCAUCGUCAUCGCCGACAAUAACGACGACGAUAAAUACAACGGUAUAUACAACAACGAUGACGACGAAGCCGAUUGCACCUUAUAUAUCGAUAUUAACACAUUUGAAGAAACCAAGGAACAUCAAUCCCCAUGGAAUUCUGUGUCCGUAUGAAAUGAUGGGUAUUUGCAGGGACGAGGAUUGCCAGUACAUUCACCAGUCGAGGAAUCAAACCUGAAAUAAUACAUUACAUACUACCGAACAUACUCAACAUGACGUAAGGUAUCAUCGAUUAUCUUCUAGGAAGUAGAUAUAUCGAUAUAGGCAGGUUACGAUGUUACGCAGAGCCAACACCCGAAGAUCGGUAAGUUGUCUUCAUCCAAGACAGGCUCUAGUGCACAAUACUGAAAUUGUUUUAUUUCGCAAAAAUCUUACAUUUUUAUGUAAGAUCUCUUUUAAAAAAGUCGUGCUACUACGGGAUCUUGAAAAGUAUCCGUAUUUUACUGAAAGUUCAAAGAAAAUUUUUAUUAGUGUAUCUACUUUACAAUUAUAAGAAAAAAAGUGUAUAAACUGCAAGAUCAAGUGUGAUAAAGAUAAGAAGAAGAAUCUAUCGACCAUAUUUAAAAAAAAAAAAGAAGAGUUAAGAUUGAAAAGAAGAGAAGUUCAGCAAUUACGGAUCAUCGGACAAUUAGUAAUU